GCGGACAUUCUUUCGCCAGCGGAAGCGCGUGGUACGAACCGGCCACGGUCGUCGGCCGACUUGGGUUCGGUUUUGAUAUAAACGGAGCCAUAUUGGCCGUCUCACAAACACACGUGAACCCUCGCUGUUUCUUUUCGGCGGCUUAUCAAGUCGACCGUUCGAUUUGGAAUUCCAUAGUUGCUGACCCUUGACAGGGGCGUCAUAUGGGUGCAUUAAAGCGUUGCGUCACCUUUUCGAUGCUUGUAGUUCCAAGUAGGCCAUGAACUUCAAUAUUUGUAUGCAUACGGACGUGAUCAAGCACACGGGAAACGUCGAAUUUCAUCAGCUCAAGUGUGAUUUGUGUUCCGUGUGGGGCUGAGGAGGUGCUGGACCUUGUUCCUUUCCAUUCGAGUCGUUUGGAAAUCGCACGGAGAGAUAGUGUGGCUCAAAUUGACAAGCAGGCAGCCGUCGGGCGGUGGUCCCGCGGGAGGUUAUGUUGCUCUUCUAACGUGGCCUGGUGGCGUGCAAUUCAUAGUUUUUCCGCAAUGUCGGGAUGAUCCUUUGACAGUUUGGUCGCUAUGAGCUCCAACUAUCAGUUCGUGACCUAGCAGUUGUUCUUGGCACAUGGAUCAACAAAUUUUAGGGGUGACCAUGUCGUUACCAAUGGGCAGCAUCGGGUCUCUGGGGCCUGGUGUGGGUGACGGCGGCCUUGGAGUGAACAUGAACGGAGCCAACUGGCGGAUGUGUCUCAAUGAGCUUGUUGGUGAAAGAGCUUCCCUUCUUGAUGCCCAAACAAAAUUUCUUUACCUCAAAGUUUUGGAAGUUUACAUUCAAACACAAUAUGGAAAUGCUCCAAGUGAGGAACAAAUUGAGCUACGUCAGUAUUUGCUGCGGUGGAUAGUCUUGCAGUGCUCUCAACAAAUUUCAGAACAAAAGUUUAUUCGGAACAAAAUGGGUCAAAUUUUCUCUUUGGUAUUUGUAAAAGAUUUUCCUCAUCGCUGGCCAUCAUUUUUUGGUGAUCUUGUCGGCACACUUUCUUUUGGCCGUGUAGCUGUAGAAUUUUUCCUAGUGGUUUUAUCAGCCAUGGAUACAGAGGUCUUUAGUCCCAAGUACAAUAGGAGUGACGACUUGAUCCGGCGCAGUACUCAAUUAAAAGACACAAUGAGAGAAGCAAGCGUUCAAGUUCUAGUUGAUUCUUGGUUUCAAAUUCUUACUACAUGGCAUAGUGAACCGGAUAUUGUUACUGCCUGCCUUGAAGUAACUAGUGUGUAUGUACCCUGGAUUGAUGUCACCACAGUCGCAAAUGACAAGUUCCUGCCAGUUGUCUUGCAAUUGAUGCGGAAUGAGUAUGCUCGUGCAGCUGCAGCGGACCUUUUGUGUCAAGUGGUGGACAAAGGCAUGGACAACUUAGAUAAGCUCCAACUCAUUACAAGAAUGUUAGUUCUUCUAAGAAACUUUCAGGUUCCCCUGCUUCCAUCGCAGGUUGAUAGUGUAGCAUAUACAGCUAAUAUGGCAAAUCUGGUAAACAGCAUUGGUCUUAAUCUUCUUGAGGCUUCAGAUAGGCUUAAAGAAAAAGGUGCUGUAGAGGCAGCUGAAGUAGCAUUCAAUGCUGCAGAAGAGAAUAUUUUGUACAUGGAUGGAUAUUUGCAACACAACGAGGAAAAUGUCUGUUUAAAGGUUACAAGAUAUGCCAAGGAGUACAUAAGGAAACUUAAGGGCAAAGCUCUGGCUGAAAAGCAAAUCCAAAUAGUACAAAAACUGCUAAAAACUGUUGUAGACAAAUUGAAAUUACAUUCAGAUUAUUUUAGUACAUCUAAUGAAGACCGACAACAAUCUCUGCUGGAUUUCAGGAAUGAAUUUAAAAUUUUAUUUGUGAAUCUGUUGGCAAUUGACAAAGAUCUAGUCUGUCAAUGCGUUUAUCAAGUUGUGACAGGUGUUUUGAAGGAUCUGCAAGCUUAUUCAACAAGUGAAGUGGAAUGUGUCAUUUACAUUCUGUAUGUCCUUGGUGAAGCCUUGCCAUCAGCUGGAUCCUCUCCACCCCAAAACAACCAAGAAACACAGUCCGCAAAUAAUCUAAUUCGGCUCAUGUUGUUGGAGCUCUUAUCUUCUGGAGUCAGCAAUUAUCCUGAUUCAUCUGUAAAAUUGCAAUUUCUGGAGACUGUGUCACGUCGUGAUAAACUGUUCUUAAAGGAGACUGAGCUUAUUCCUCCGGUUUUGGAAGCAUUUUUGGAUCAUCGCGGCCUCCGAAGCUCAGACAAAAAGUUGAGAGCACGUUCUGCAUUCCUCUUCCAACUGUUUGUUAAAAGUCUGCGGUCUACCCUAGCAACCUUUUCAUACCAAGUCAUAGCAAGUUUGAAGGAUUUCUUGGAAUUGAGCUCUGCCCAGAGUAACGGCACCUGGCUAUGCCAUGAAGAUCAGCUGCAUUUGUAUGGAGCUGUAGGACUGUUGAUAGUCUCUGGCACCAACUCUCCUGAGGAAAAGGGGGAAACAAUUAGGAAUCUCCUGGUGCCUGUUGUUGCUAGAUACCAGGAGCUAUCUGCCCAAUUAAUGACUGAACAAAAUGAUGAGCAGCGAGCGGUUCUAGCUCACAGCAUGUGUCAUGCCAUGGCAGUUGUGACAGGUGUGAGCAAAGCUUUCAACAAUCUAAAAGACACCCGUAUGCUGGGAUGUUUCCAGCUCUAUUAUGAAGUUCUUCAGGUCUUCCUUACUUGUUUGCAGAGUCCAAAUCAAAAGGAGCUUCUUCAAAGUGGCUUAAGGCAGUUCUUGCAUCGAAUGGUAGUGUGCCUUGAGGGAGAGGUACUACCUGUGAUUCCAUUUGUUUUACAAGCAAUUCUCCGUGACAAUGAUGCCUUUCUACUUUCUGAAUUUAUGCCAUUGGUUCUACAAGUUAUAAUGAAGUUUAAGAAAGAUGCUGCAUCUCUUGUUCAACAAUUACUGGCACCUACCUUGGCUAUAUUUACAGCAGCCUGGGCAGCUGAUACAGAUAAGGACAAUCCUUAUGCUCAAGAGGAAAACCACUAUCUAUUCAGAAGUUUCCUAGGUUUGAUCAGUGCAAUAGUGACCAACAAUAUUCUCGAAGUACUGCUUGCUCAAGAGCCUCAUACCCUACAGCAAGCUCUUGAUUGGGUCAUUCAGGGAACUUAUCAUGAUCCUGAUCCCACUGCUCAAAAAAGCUGCUACACUAUAUUAAGAAAAAUGGUUGACCAGUGGGGAGGAGUCGGUGAAAAGCCAGAUGGUUUCACCGAGUUUUUGUAUGAAAGAGUUGUCCCAGCAUGCUACUUGCCACUGAAGUCUCUUGAUGAUACAUCCCCUGACUCUCGGGCUGUUGGCAAAGAAUGUUCUCAAUUAAUAGCAUCUAUCUUUAAGAAGCGGGGUGAUGAGUUCCUUUGCCACCUGCAGAACACAUUCUUACCAUCUCUCGGCCUGGAGCCUAGAAUUUGCGAAGCACAUAUCAAGACAAUACGAGAAGGGAAAAACAUAUAUCAAAACUGUAUAGAGGUGGUCCAUUGCGCUGACGAAGCUGCCGUUUCGCGUGGUGGCAUAAGACAUCAUGUGAGCAAAUAGCAUUUGUGGUUUGCUGGCCAGACCACUUGGGACUGGGGUUUGUACCAGAGUGGCCUAAAAGGCAGGGUGACAGUGUCUGGUGUGGCCAAAUCAUGAGUGCCUUUAGCAAUUGACUGUCGCAGUUCCCAAGCACUCAUUGUUCAGGUCACCAUUAUAUUUCUUUCUUGUGGCAAAAGCUUUGUGAUGUUAUAAUUAGAACAAUAUUUCUUGUGAAGGCAAUAUUUAGAAUGUCAUUCAUAAAAAAAGGAUAAUAUGAGAGUUAUUGUAAAUAUUUGACAAAAUGAAUAUUUUUAAGUCUGAUAUGCAUGACACCUUGGUGACGUCAAACAUUCCCCUCAAGCCUCCUAUACCUUUUAAAGAGGUAAAGUUCAGCAUCAGUCAAGUAGUUAAACUACAUACUCGGAACCCCCCUUUUUUUACCUCUUUUUUGGUCCAUUUGAUGGGUCAAGACUAAAGCCUGAAUUCCACCACAUGUUCCUGCUUUGUGCCUAAAAUAGGAAUAUCAAUAUCAAGUAACUGUCUGAUAAAAUUUUAUCUUAAUUAUUCACAGCUUGCACUACAAAAUAUUGGAACAGCUGGUUGUAUGUUGGAUGGCUGUGUUGUGUUGUAUUUUGUCAUUGUUUCUAAGACUAAGGAUUUGCUCAAAUCGUGCAUCCAACAAAUUCUGUGUUUGGCUUGCACAGGUUAUUUUGAACCUUAGUGUAACUCAUCAUUAUUCAAAAUAAAGAUGUUGUAAUGGUCUGUAUUUUCAUUGUAAGUGUAACUGAUGUAUACUAUGGAAGGCUUUUAUUAUUAUAUGGUUUAUUUGAUGUCUGCUACAUCUGCCCAAUGCAUACAUUUUAUUGUGUGUUUUAAAUGUGAACCUUUUAAGAAUCCUUCUGUGUAUCAUCAGUUAAAUGUUUGUGGUAAUCUCAUGAGUAGCUUUUUCAUCUGUUUUAUACAUUUAUCUUGCAUCGCAGAUUACAUUUAAUGUACAUUAAUUGCAUUUGCACAAAAAAAAUGAAGCGUAGUCUGUGAUCCUUAAUAUGGUGUCCAGGUAUAUGACAGUUCUUCACUGGUGUGGGAUUGUCAUAUUACUAGUGAGCCCUUGUGCCUUAUGUGAAAAUUAUAUGUACAACUGCCAGGUUUACCAUAAUUGUAUGUCAUUGUAUGUUUUCGAUACCUUUGCAAGGAGUAGGUGGUAGCAAGAGCACUAAGUGUUCAAGUGGUGUCUUCCAUUUCGACAUUGCUGCAUUAGUGUUUGUCUUCAUAAUUUUGGCUCCGACUCUACAAAAACAAAUGUAUUUGUCACUUGCUUACUGCUGUUAUUAAAUUGUACCUACCAUUCAAGUUGAUCUUAUGUGGGGCCAGUUUUUAUAAAAUUAUAAGCUAAAUUAUGUAAUUACACUGCAGAAUUUUCAGGAACUGGACUCAAAUGUGUGGUUUAUAUAUGUAUCUUUUCUGUUCUAUUUACAAAAUGAUAAUGAAUGAGAUGCAGUAGAGUCAUGGAGAGUAAGUCUCCAUGGUAAAGCCAUCUAUAAGAAUGUUCCUCCUCAAUUUCCUCUUUGCCAUGAUAUGAUUGCAAGCAUUUGCUGCAGUGACUUAACCGGCAGAAUAAACACCACAUCAUAAAAAUUCAUUGUUUUGAUUUGAUCACUGAAUUUUCUGAAACUUUUUUUUUCUUUUACAAAUAUGGAAUUGAAUGUGCAAUAGGUACUGAGUGCUUCCCUAAGGAAUUGCUGGAAUGUGAAAUUGCUUCUCCAGAAUGUAUGUGCAUGUCUUCACAUCACAUUGUAUUUAUUACUGUGUUGGUUUUGUUGUUGUUAUUGUUGUUAUUGGCCUUUUUUAUGUUAUCAGCUACUCAUUUAUCAUUCAUUCAACUGUGUUGUUUUGUUAAAACAUCAAGGCAGUCUCUGCUGUCAUUCCGUAAUUUAAUAAUUAGGAGGCAUUAUUGUAUGUAUUUCCUUGUUAUUAUUUUCUUUCAGUCUUUUUUUUUCCUUCUUUCUUUAUUCAAAUAUUUAAAAUGCAGGACAUUUUUGUUUGACACUCUAGUUUUCUGUAAGUGCAAUACUCAAAAUUUGAAUGCUAUUUCCAAAGUUACCAUCAUUCCAGUGAUGUUUGUUGCAUACUUGGCAACAUUGACUAUGCAACUGCUAUAAUACAGUUGGAUGCAAUAAGAAAAAUGUAGCAUUGUACUUUAUGGAUUUCAGACAGUAGCUGUUGUUGAGUUAGCCACUUUGUUACGGUAACUCAAAGAUUUCAAAUUAGUGAGCGUUUUGUGUUGCUUUUGGCCUUUCCUGUCAGCCGCUACAGUUUGUUUUGUUUUUUGUUUUAUCACUAUUAAAUGAAUGUUCUGUUUGGCUUAAUGUUGUAAGCGAUAAGUCUUAACACUAAGUGUAGAUCAAAAACUACAUUUCUACUGCACAAGAGAUGCUAUUUAAAUUUUUAUCUUAAUAAUAAUAAUAAUAUAUUGAACUGAGAAGCAUAAGUAAACAAGAUGAAGUCCUGGAUGACUGUCCUAUGAGAUUUUAUAUUGUACAACUGACUGUAAGUACCGUGUAUAUAUGAACUGGUAUUUAAUUGAAUUUGUAACAAUUGAUGUCAGCAAGUAUGUGUUUCAGCAUUAGUAGUUUGUUUUGUAACCAGUCUGUGCCUUUUCCUGUCGUGAAAGGCAUUUUUUUUUUACAAUUCAUAUUGACCAAUGUCUUAUCAACCCAAAAUUUAGGUUUUUGAAAUUAAUUAAGUGCUGUACUCCAUAUUGCAAGGAAAUGAAUUUUCUUUUAUAUGUUUGUAUAUGCAUAUCUAGUCUACUGACGUACUUUGAAACGAUGUUGGUGUUUUCAAUAAAAUGCUGCAUACAGAA